AUGGAAAACAUAUCAAGAGAGUGCUUAGAGUCAACUGUUCUCUACUGCUGUUAUUAUUUAAACUGUAACAAUACAUAUACGACGAAGUUCAAUCUGAGGCAUCACAUAGAGUCCAUACAUUUAAAGGUCAAAAAGUUCGAAUGUGAAAUAUGCAAAAAAAAUCUAUCAAGCAGGCAGAAUCUUAGAGAACACAUGAAUAUUCAUAAUGAUGUUAAACCAUUCGUAUGUAAUCAUUGUGGAAAAGCGUAUAGACAAACAAGCCAACUAACGCUCCAUAAAAGGGUUCACAUUAAAGAUGGAAAUAAAGCAUGCAGGUCCAAUGAUAUCGCCUUUUGAUAGUGUGCAUUUCAACAAAGAUUUUGGUAGAAAAUUUUAAAUAGUUUGCCCAUUGGCCGAAAUUUAACUUUUUUAGGCCAAAUGUCUCACUAUCAAAAGUGAUUUGAACAAAUUUUUUCUUACUCCUCCCCCCCUCCGUGAGUGAACAAAACCAUUAGAAAAAUCCCUAUUUUUUGCCCAAAAACCCACCCUACGUGAGUGAACAAAAAUUUUUGUUAAUAGAAAAAAUUUUUAUGGGAAACAAUUUUGAUAUAUAUAAGUGAUAAUUAUUAUAAUGAAAUCUCGAGCUAAUUCUGUUUAAUUUUAAACAAAUUGCGUUUUAAAACAUAAAAUUUUACAAAUUUAACUUAAUAUUUGCUUUCCAAUUUUCGAGAAGUGAGAUUUUUUAAAUUUAGAAAAAAAAAAAUUUAUAAAAAAUUAUAUAUAAAUUGUUUUAAAAAAAAAAAAAUUAACCCCCCUCCGUGAGUGAACAAAAUUUUUUUUGUUCACUCACGGAGGAGGGGGAGUUAGAAGAUGUCGCACUAGCAAAAUUUCACAGUCAUUUGGCAUGGGGCCAGAAAUAAUAUAGCCGUUGAGGCAGCAGAAAAUGCUCAUGUGCAAAUACCUCAGCCUAUAAUAAAAGAUUUUGAAAAGAUAUGUUGGGAAGAAUUACAAAAAAAUCAGCCACAGUUGCCAGUUAUUCAAAGCAGUCAAGAUCAAGAGAUAAACUUGCCAGCUUUUAAUAGCGUCCUCAAGAAGUGUAAAAAAGGAUUUUAUAUCUAA